GCUGAUGCACUUUGGAGUGCCUGACUUCUCUCUACCAUUGUUCUUUUCCUGUUCAAGCUUGAGAUUUGUCUUCAGCAAAGCGGAAGUUUGCAGAUUCCUUAAAUGAAUUUAAAUUUCAGUGCAUAGGAGAUGCAGAAACAGAUGAUGAAAUGUGUAUAGCACGGUCUUUGCAGGAGUUUGCCACUGUUCUCAGGAAUCUUGAAGAUGAGCGGAGUCGCAUGAUUGAGAAUGCCAGCGAGGUGCUCAUCACGCCCUUGGAGAAGUUUAGAAAGGAGCAGAUUGGGGCUGCUAGGGAAGCCAAAAAGAAGUAUGACAAAGAGACAGAGAAGUAUUGUGGUAUCUUAGAAAAACACUUGAAUUUGUCUUCCAAAAAGAAGGAGUCUCAGCUGCAGGAGGCAGAUAGCCAAGUGGACCUGGUUCGGCAGCAUUUCUAUGAGGUCUCCCUGGAGUAUGUCUUCAAGGUGCAGGAAGUUCAAGAGAGAAAGAUGUUUGAGUUUGUGGAGCCUCUACUGGCCUUCCUGCAAGGACUCUUUACUUUCUAUCACCAUGGUUAUGAACUGGCCAAGGAUUUUGGUGACUUCAAGACACAGUUAACCAUCAGCAUACAAAAUACAAGAAACCGCUUUGAAGGUACCAGGUCGGAAGUAGAAUCACUGAUGAAGAAGAUGAAGGAGAACCCCCUUGAGCACAAGACCAUUAGUCCCUACACCAUGGAAGGGUACCUCUAUGUGCAGGAGAAGCGUCAUUUUGGAACUUCUUGGGUGAAGCACUACUGUACAUACCAACGGGAUUCCAAACAAAUCACCAUGAUCCCAUUUGAUCAAAAGUCAGGAGGAAAGGGGGGAGAAGAUGAGUCUGUUACCCUCAAAUCCUGCACGCGGCGGAAGACAGACUCUAUCGAGAAGAGAUUUUGCUUUGAUGUGGAAGCAGUAGACAGGCCAGGGGUUAUCACCAUGCAGGCAUUGUCAGAAGAGGACCGCAGACUCUGGAUGGAAGCCAUGGAUGGCCGGGAACCUGUCUACAACUCAAAUAAAGACAGCCAGAGCGAAGGGACUGCACAGUUGGACAGCAUUGGCUUCAGCAUAAUCAGGAGGUGCAUCCAUGCGGUAGAAACCAGAGGGAUCAAUGAGCAAGGACUCUACCGAAUCGUGGGUGUCAACUCCAGAGUGCAGAAGUUGCUGAGUGUCCUCAUGGACCCCAAAACAGCCUCUGAAACAGAAACCGAUAUUUGUGCCGAGUGGGAGAUAAAGACCAUUACUAGUGCGCUGAAGACCUACCUGAGAAUGCUUCCAGGACCGCUUAUGAUGUACCAGUUUCAGAGAAGUUUCAUCAAAGCAGCAAAGCUAGAAAACCAGGAGACUCGGGUCUCUGAAAUCCACAGCCUUGUUCAUCGGCUCCCAGAGAAGAACCGACAGAUGUUGCAGCUACUCAUGAACCACUUGGCAAAUGUUGCUAACAACCACAAGCAGAAUCUGAUGACUGUGGCAAACCUUGGCGUGGUAUUUGGACCUACCUUGUUGCGGCCUCAGGAAGAAACAGUAGCAGCCAUCAUGGAUAUCAAAUUUCAGAACAUUGUAAUUGAGAUCUUAAUAGAAAACCAUGAAAAGAUAUUUAACACCAUGCCUGAUAUGCCUCUCACCAACGCGCAGCUACACCUGUCCCGAAAGAAAAGCAGUGACUCCAAGCCCCCAUCCUGCAGUGAGAGGCCCCUGACGCUCUUCCACACUGCACAGUCAACAGAGAAACAGGAGCAAAGGAACAGCAUCAUCAACUCCAGUUUUGAAUCAGUGUCCUCAAAUGCAAACAGCAUCCUUAAUUCUAGCAGCAGCUUGCAGCCCAACAUGAACUCCAGUGAUCCAGACCUGGAUGUGGUCAAACCUACGCGGCCCAAUUCACUCCCCCCGAAUCCAAGCCCAACUUCACCCCUCUCGCCAUCAUGGCCCAUGUUCUCGGCACCAUCCAGUCCUAUGCCCACCUCAUCCACGUCCAGCGACUCAUCCCCCGCCAGCAUGCCGUUCCGGAAGGCAAAGGCCUUGUACGCUUGCAAAGCCGAACACGACUCGGAGCUCUCAUUUACAGCAGGCACUGUCUUCGAUAAUGUUCACCCAUCUCAGGAACCUGGCUGGUUGGAGGGGACGCUGAAUGGGAAGACUGGCCUCAUCCCUGAGAACUACGUGGAGUUCCUCUAAACCUCAAGCCCCAGCAGAGCUCCUAAGCUUUACGUGGUCUCCAUGACAACUGCUGAUUCCGGUGUUGUGGGCCACUUUCCAUUGCCACAGAAAAAGCAGAGACUGACUUUGUUGCUACCUGCCAACAUGAAUGCGUCUGGGAAUUUGUGUCCCCCUUCACCAUGAUUCUCUCUACUGAUAACAUGGCAGGACUGCAGGAAUCAAAAAUCAAUCAGCAGAGGGGGCCAUUUGAUUUUGGUAGCCCAGAGAAAGACUUGCAAAGCAGUUUUCUCAUGAGUGCCCUAAGUAGAGAGCACUGAUUUUGUUUCAGCAGUCACCAAACCCCCAACCUUUUAAAAGACGGAGUAAGAUAAGAGUAAACCCCAAGAGCUUGCUGCAUUGCUGAGUCUGACAGGGCAAGGCUGAGAACCUGGCACUAGAUACAGGCCGGUCUACUGCUUUUGUUUACAGCAGAAGCUCUUCCUCUCCCCUGCCUUCUCAGAGGCCCACAGUGCUGCGGGCAGCUGGGUCUGUCUGUUUGCACACAGGAUGAAGGGGUUGCAGCACUGUUUAUAUAAGGUCCAAUCUCUCACCAUCUCUGCAGCAACUCUUGGCUCGUCAUCAGAAUUUCAGCCCAGUCUUCUCAUACAAAGAAGCACAUGCACCCACAUUUCCCGCUCCUGAACCAGGAACUUCUCUGCCACUGAGAACUGCCAUCACUGCCAUCACUUAGUAACCAUGGCAACCCAACCUACUCUAAAACUAAGCCAAAAAAUAACAUUCCUCUUUGCAUGACUCCCCCACCCCUUGCACUGGUAGUGUUUUUUUAAUGGUCUUCCAACAACUGAAGCAGAGGAUUGGGUAAUCAGGUGAUCUGUGUGGAACAGACAGGAUAGCAGCUGUGGAAUGUUCCCUUUCUGGUAAAUUUCAGCAUCAUCAGGAUACAUUUGGCAUAAACUCUAGCAACCCAUUGGGAUUAAAUUACAUCUAGGAGCAAUACUCCUAUUCUUCAUGCAACAGGUGUUUGCUUCAGAAGGCAAGCUGCCUCCUCUCUAUGGGGACAGCAUCUGACUUGUUCCUUAAGUUCUCCCAUUCCCUAGUCCCUGUCCUGCCAUUGCCAGUGGUCACCAAGCAGCUUCCUGACAGUGCUUUAGCUACUGUAGAUUUCAGAGAUGAAUCGGGGCCAAAUCUGUGUCUUGAAGUUUAAAAGGACAUCUAUAUUCACUGCCACUCAGAAAAAAGGGAAUUAGUGUACAGGUUUUCUGGGCAUGAGACUAAUACAGGCCUUUAAGAUUCAGGAAGACACCAAAGGUUGGGGCCUGGAGGCCAGGGUGUGUUACCUUCUAAGAAAGGCAAUUCCUGUUUGAAAGGGGCUGGAUUUGACAGAAGACUGUCAUGGUUAGGGACAAUCAUCUGGAUAUUUCAAAUUCAUUAUGACAUCCAAAGAACAGAGUCAUGAUGUCUUCUACAUGUGCAUGUCCUUACAAGAGGGACUGUGGAGAGACAAACUGUCAGGCUCUCCUGAAGCCCCAUUGAUGGCAGCAUUGCUCCCAAGAGCAUCUCUGGCUUCUGGAAUUCCGUUAGGGUCCUCUAAUGAAGAAGAAAACAAAAACUUGAAUUGUGUUGAAUUACUGUAUCUUUUACUUUUUUUAAAGAUAAACUUGUAAAUAGAGUGAUUUGAAAUACUAUAUGGUAAAGUUUUAUAUUUGAUAUUCUUUAAGCUAGUUGCUCUACACAUUUAGUCAUUGAUUGCUGAAGAAGUGUGUUUAAGAAGGAGCCAAAGGAGACAGGGUUGAAGAGUCAAGGUUGUGGCCCCCUCUCUGGCCUGGCAAAUGAAGAUGUUUCCUAAUGGUUCCUGUUGGUGAGCCUGACAGUUCAUUGUGUUCCAUUUUCUUUAUCUACCUGUGUUUUUGAGCACUCUUUGGGCGGAGUUCAAAAGAGCAUCUUCAGGCAAUGAGUUUUCAAAGAACUCCCACCUAGCGUAAGGUGACACUCAGGAUUUAAACAGGUGGGUCCAGGGUGACUUGUUUAUUUUCUUCUCAGGUGUAUUUCUUGGUACCCCAGGCCAUCCAGACAAAAGGAGAUGAGGCAGUUACAUACUCUCACUCCUUUUUGCAUAUCCAAGGUGUUACUAAUGUAGCCACACUAGUUUGUAAAUGCUGUGUGUCUUUCAGUUCUAAGAACUAAACAAAGCCAACUGCUUGGGGUCUUUGGUUGUUCUUCCUUCCUAUAGAUAGGCUUUUGCUCUUGCCAUUUACCCCCAGGUUCCCUAUGGCCCAAAAGGAAGGAAAAGACCACAAGAUGAUGCUGUUUCAGUUUUUAAAGUGGCUGUAAAGUUAAUUGGAGUUCUUUGUUGUGACAGUAUUCAGUUAACAGGUCAGGGAUUAUACUACUGUCACCCAGAAACUCAGCCAGGAGCAAGGGAGACUACCCUCCAGUUAGGGAGCAAGAGUGAAGCCAAGCAAGGGGAGCACAGGACUCAAAGCAUCACUGAAGCUGGAUAUGAUGGCUCAUGCCUGUAAUCUUAACACUUGAGGGGCUGAGAAAGGAGAAUUUCUGAAGUUCUAGGCCAGUCAGGCUAGAGGGGUUGGAGAGGGAGAGGGAGCGAUCAUUGAGAACCGAAGGAGGAGGACAGGGACUAUACUCAGGUUCCACAUCUGUUCUCUGUAGUCUUGAGAACAGACUGGGAAAUGGGGUGUGAGGGGCAUAUGCACUCAUGUGUCAUUGUGCUUUCAAAACUGAAAGAGCCUACAUGAUACUUUAAUAUAUCUGAUUAUUUAAACUGUCACCUGCCCCAUCAUAACAGAAGCACACUUGUCACUGGGCCCAGGUUGACUGCUUGGAUGAAUGUCCUUUCCUCCUGAGCUGGCCCUGGCUUAAAGCUGUUACCAAUAGGCUCUCUUAGGCUGACCUCUUCCCAGCUUCCCCUAGGCCAUACAGGGCCUGUGACAGAUGGUUGCUCUGUUUCCAUUUGCCUGGCCAGGCCUCUCUCCUCCCCUUCAGCUACAGAAUUGGAGCAACAAAUAUGAGCCAAGUAGGAAAGAACUCGAAGAUUAAAAAUGAAUUGCACUGUCUGUAACCCACCCCUCUCCUCCUCUGUCUCCUUGAAUAGGGAACACUGGGGUAAGAUAUAGGGAGAGAGUUGGUGUAAAUCAAGGCCUGGAUCUCUGAUUGAUUGAUCAGUUUCAGUUUUUCUUUAUGCACUCACAGAGCUUCACAGCUGAACAAUGCCAGGCCAGGAGAGGAUACUUUCCCUGUCCCAGGCAAAUAGAAUCCUGACUUGCUCAAGGCUAGUGAAAUUCUCUCAUUUUUCAACAUAAAUAUGUAAGAAUGGGCCCUGUGCAGUGCUACCUUCAUUGGAACUGGUUCUUAAGUGUUUCUAAAGUCAGUAUGUGUCAUCUUGGGAGUGCUUUUCUGAAAGAGAGGCAAAGAGAAAAGGAGCAGUUAAGUUCUGGCAGACCAGCAUUGGUGGGACAGAGCCACAUGGUCACUUGGGCAUUGUAGGCACUUGCCCAUGAGUGUGCCACACCUAUAUUUUGAAGAGAUGUCCCUGUCAGCUGAGUUUGCUUUCUGAACAUGGUAGCCCCAUCACAGCAGAAGCUUUCUCUUAGUCAUAGAGGUCACAGAAGCAGCCAUUCCUGAGGGAUGGGGAGAUAGAAGGUAUCUGUUUAAUGGCUAGCUGUUGGCACCUUUCACCCUCUGGCUUCUGCUUCCAGAGACAAGCCUGGUCACCUAGCUUUACCCUGGCAUUCCAGUGACUGCCCUGGCACAGUGUUUACUUUAGCAUUGUUUGUUCUGUGGACUGCCAUAUUUCCCUAGUAGGUGAGGAGCCAAACAGCUCCUUAGUAGCUACCUGGCUUUGAAAGGAAUGCCCUGGUGUCUAAGGAGUUCCUGCCAUCUCUGGCUAACUUGAUAGUGAUAUGUUGACACUCCUCCAUAUUCCUAUAAAAUCAGAUGAGUGCCCUCACACCCCAUGAUGGUAUUUUAAAAAGGUCUCUUGUGCUCAGAUGUUUCUGCAGCCGUGCUGAUGUGCUGGGCACUGGGCCACCACUCUGUGAUCAUAGCAUCAAAAUGACAACAGCACUGAGCGGUGAACCUUUCACAUUUCUGCAGCACGCCUGAGACAAGACUCCAACAAGGAAUAAUUAGCUUUCUUCCUUUUGCCGCCCACAGUACUUGUCUAACUUAAAGAGCCCCUCGAAGCAGACAGAAUCCAGGUGUCACUCAGCCAGCCUGUGUUCAUGAGAGGAAAAUUUUCUGAUGUAAUGCCAGAAUCUGAAAGAGAAAAGUGAGCCACACUUUCAGUUGUCUUUUUAAAGAGAGCUAAGAUACUGCUUUUACUGUGGAUGAAAAACUAUCACAGAAAACAUUUCAGAACUAAUAAUUUUUCAAAGUUCAUACAACAUUACAAAAAAGAAAAUUCCUUUUGAAGUAGAAUGGUUUAGAGAGCAAGGAUGAGUAUAGUCUUAGCCCAUGGAAGGACAGAGUCAAAAUUCACCUACUGUAGUCAAAACCACAAUACUGGUAAUCCAAAUGUCUGAAUGACCUGAACAGCCAUAGCCAGGCUGAGGCAAUUUGUGCCACUUUGCACCCACUGUCCCUGCAGCCUUCCAGGUAACACCAACAAGCAGCUUUCUUGAGGUCCAGAUGUCAGAAUCAGCCUUGUAUCUUUGAAAACAUACAUCUGUUGAUUCUGAAGUGUAUGCAUGCAUAUGUGUGUGUGUGUGUGUGUAAAAAUGCAGCCUCACAUAGAGACCCACAUGAGCUGGCCUGGCCCUUCCUAAGCUUCUAUAGCCUUAAAGAUUUGGAGGUUGAGAAUAAGAGACACGAGAGGCUGUUAUUACUUAACAAAAGAUCAAAGAUACAGAGUCCAGGUGUGGUGGUGUACACCUUUAAUUCCAGCACUUGGGAGGAAGAGGCAGGCAGAUCUCUGUGAAAUUGAGGCCAACCUGCUCUACAUAAUGAGAUCCAGACCAGCAGGGGCUCCUGGGAGACCCUGUCUCAAAAAAACAAAACAAAAAGUUGGAGAUGUAAAUGAAGUGCCAGGGAAAGCAUCCGCUCAUAUCACAUAGUUAUCUGCAGCCAUGUUCCUUAGUAACUUAUUAAAAAUCAUGUUGACAAAAAUCAGACCCAUAAAUGCUUAGUAGCUAAUGCUAGGCUAGUGUUCAAAAGCACUCUAAAAUUUAGACAUCUACCCAUAUUUUGGGAAAUAAAUGAUUUGCAUGUUUAAUUCAUCUUUUAGGCUACCUUGAGUAUACUGUAAAGUGCUGUGUAAUAUAUCAAUAAAGUACUUAAAAAUGGCACUUUAAUAUCUUCUUUUGAAAAACCAUAAAUAAUGCACUGUUUUAAACUUCAGUAUUGAAUAUUGAUUGGUGCAUAGAAUCAAAUUCUGUAAUUAAAAAGUAACCUGUAACUCCUGUAACUAGGAUAGAACAUUUUCCCUGUUACUAGAAAAAAAAGUUUUAUCAUGUUCAAGCUUUUUUUUUUUUUUUUUAAAAAAAAUGUUUUCGUGUCACUCUGCAUAUCUAUGAAGAAAAUACAGUUUCUGUGAGCAGCCACUGAGAUUUGGCUUUCCUAUGUUUGGUUGCUGUGUGUGGUGGUCCCUGUGAAGUGAGAGUGUGAUGUUUGAAUUAAAGGACUUUUCCAUUUGGUGGUA